AUGGCGCGAAACAGUAAUUUUCAAAUCACUUACUUGUGUUACAAGCAUACCAAAAACCCAUAUUUUAACAUGGAAAUAACGAUAUUGGAAGAUUUGGAUGUCAAUGCUUCCGACUUCUAUAAUGUAUUGCACGAUGAAAUUGAUAACGAUAUGGCAAAAUUAAAGAAGAGCGUUGAAAUGUUGAAGAACUUAAGACUUACAUCAGCGGAAAUAGAAGUCGAAACUGCAGCAAUGUACCAUGCCGAACUUUUCUUUAACAUAGAACAACUAAAGCAACUCGCCGAUGAAGUCAAAGCACUGGAUGAAAACAAAUCUGAUACUGUGCCAUAA